CGAGAGCCUACCAGUCCUCGAUCAGCACUUCGUCCUGUACGCAUCGCAUCUCCCUCGACCGAUCUCUCCGUGUCCGAACGAAUUUAAGACGAUCUUCUCUUUUCCAUCCGCUCUCGCUCCCGUCAACAUCCAAGACGCCAGUUACGUCCGGCUUUCCCGCGUGGUUAGAAGCUUCUUCUUCGUCGACCAAGAUGUCUGACUUCCUGCACCCUAAAGAAGAGAAAUGCGAGAGCGAAGGGGAAAGUGCUCUGGAGAAAUUCCGCUUCAACCUGGAGAGGAAAGACUGGACCCUGGAAAAGGAAUACAAGCAGGAAGGAAUCACCAUCAAAUCUACAUACGAUGAAGAAGCGAAGGCGUACUUCAUCCUCACAGAGGCCCUGCUGGAUUUCGAGUUCGAGUGGUUGUUCCUAGAAAUGCGAGACCACACCUUUGAAGCCACUCCCGAAUGGUUUUCUGCUUGCAAGAAGCUCACGAUCGUCAAGCGACUGACGGAGGUGUGUUGGGUGGUGCACGAGGUAUUGGAGCCGCAGCUCGGGGGCAUCGUCGCCAGUCGGGACGUCGUCUUCCACAGCCACGUGCGGAAGAUCGGGAAGGCGAGCUUUAUCUCCCUGUGCAGCACGGAGUGGCCGGGGAUGCAAUCCAAGAAGAAGAUUAUCAGGGCGGAGAUCGUGAAAGGCAGCGGCCAGACGUUCUCUCCCGACCCGGAUCUCGCGACCCGGACCCACCUGCGCUGGGUCAUGUCGGUGGACUACAAGAUCCCGCUCGUGCCGGUGAAGCUCCUCAUGCCGUUCCACGUCGAGACGGCGAGGCAGUACGUGAUGGGCUUGAAGAAGUACCUGGCGGUUCGGAGGGAUUCUCGCUCUGGGACGGUGCAGGACUGUGUUCCUAAGAAGUGA